AUGUCUUUCGCGCCGAAUCCUCGCAUGUAUCCUUCUUGCAUUUGUUUUGAGAUUAAAGCAGUAUCAAUCCUCGUUUACUCCGUAUCAUUUCUUACGAUUAACAAAAAAUAAAUCAAAUCAUUUUAUUUAAAAUGUCAGCCCUGGAGGAAAUCACCAACAAUUCUAUUUCGGCCAGCUCACAGCAGAAAUUCAUCGAAAAGGCAAAUCGUCAAGUAAAUCCUAUGGUGGAUUUGCCACAGUUUCUGAAAUACGACCAGUGCGACUGUGAAAUUGAAGUCUACUGUCGAAGGAAGGCCGAUAUGGAUCCAAAAAUCCUUAAGUGGGCAUUCAAAUUGGCCGAGAAAAAUGUGGGUCCGCAGUACAAAAGCUGUAGCCUGGGAUGGCAGCCAAAGGUAAAACAGUCGGAUUUGAACAAGACGUGGGCUCGAUAUCUGGUGGCGUUGGAUCGCAAGACAAAGAAACCUGUUGCGUAUACAAUGUUCCGCUUCGAUUUGGACUACGGGAGAAGCGUGUUGUACUGUUAUGAAAUGCAGGUUGAAACUGAGUUCCAGCGGAAGGGCCUAGGAGGCUUCAUGAUGCGGGCAUUGGAAGCGAUGGCGCGAUUUUACAGUAUGGAACGGGUUGUGUUAACCGUGUUGAAGAACAAUGAGGAUGGAAUGAGGUUCUACCGGAAUUUAGGAUAUGAUAUUGACGAGACAUCACCGGAUAAAGCCGACAAUGCUGCAUACGAAAUAAUGAGCAAAUGCAUGUCCUAGCUUUAAUGUUUUUGUAUUUGAUUCUGACUGAUUAUUAACACUUAUUGUAAUAUAACAUUAAUUUCGAACGUUCAA